UGACGACGUCGGCACUCUUCCUUCAGGACUAAGAUCUAUCCGUCUUAUCCUGCGACGUAGUCUAUGCGUUCGUCUGCGGAGGCGGCACGGACACCGGAGACAAUAGCCCCUCUGCGGUGCACCCGCCACUUGUAGGCAGGAUGGUCGGCCAGGGCGUGUUUCAUUCGAAACACAUCAGCAGCACACUUGACGAACCAGUCGCCGCGGGUGGGUUGUAGCAGGUAGUACACUUGCUUUGAGCGAGGUGGCUGGAAUCUGAGUGUAUGAAACACAAUCAUACCGCGACGUGUCUAUGGGAAGAAGCGCAGCCGUCGCUCGCCGAGCCGACCUCGGCAUCUACAUGACUACGAGCUAUGACUACGGUCCAUGACCGCGCCGGAUGCUCGUAUGCAACAUGCAUGGCAAGGUGGUCGAAAUGCAAUCUCCCACCUUUGCAAGUGCAAACGCAUUAAGUGCAAUCUCAGCAUGGACGGACGGCGCCAAGCGUCUAAGUCUGUGGUCCAACUAGUGCAGUCGUUGCCAUCAGACAGAAGGCGACCGUAAUUAGGCCGUCGGUUGCAUAACCGUUAAACUCGCACUAGAAAGGACGUGAGCAUCGACGAUGCUGCCGCGGGUGCCUCUCGACAAGCCGUCGCGAGAAGGCAGCACCAAGAUCCUCGUCGGUGGGAAAGACCGCGCAUCCAACCUGCCGCGCCUCGAGGGCCAGAAGGUGCCCGUGAGCGACCGCGCCAUGAACAAGCUCGGCAUCAGCGACGAGAUCGUCAAGAUGGAGAAGCUCAUGAAGAAACUCGGCAUUUGCGACCACGACCUCGAAGAGUUCAAGCAGCUGCAACGUCACUCGGGCAACAUUGUCGAGACGGGGACGCUGGCAAAAGAAGAGAUCCUCAUGGGCUUCUCGGUCAAGCAAAUGCACCGCGUGAAAGCGCUCAAGCGGCUCGGCGCGUCCGAACAAGAGGUUUGGGACGCGUAUGCCCACAAGAUUUCGCAGCUCGGCGCCCAACUGCACAUGAAGCCCUCCGCGCGCAAAGCGAGCUCUCGGACGUAGCGUAGGUGUACUCGUCGUGGAUGCAGUUUAUAUAUACGAGUUUGCAAGCGCGUCGACUACUUUGUCUGCGCCACCAUCCACGC